GGCCGUAUUUGCCUGACGUUUUACUGUCUGAUGAUGUCGUGUUGUUGUUAUCUCGACGAUGUUAUUUUGAUAAUUUUGUAUUCGUAAACUGUUCAAUGUUCUCAAACUCGCGGAGUGAUCGGGGGUCCGGUGUUAUAUUUACGCGUUAGUUGUCUAGUUGAGAACUUUCAAGAUGCCUGUGACUCUCGUAGAUAGGUUGCCCUUGCCGAACCUCAAGGUUUACUCGGCGGGAAGUGUAUUAUUGUUGUCGGUAGCUAUGUAUUAUGCUGUGAAUGUGACGAGUGAUCCGAACUGGAAGGCGAACACGACGCUGCAGAUACAGGAGACGGCCUCGAACAGCGUGGAGGGCGAAGCGGUAAAAAUGGUGCAACCAGCGGUUACGGCACCCGCGGAGCUUCCGAUCAACGGAACGAAGAAUAUUAGCGAUCAGUUUCUAGAAGUGAUGACCUUUAUGAUGCAGGAGCCAUUGUGUAUGUGGACGCUGAUCAACAUGGCGUAUUGCUCGCUGGCGCUAUUCGGUUUCCUCAUCCAGCGCCUGGUGUUCGGGCGUCUUCGCGUGGCGGAGGCUCAGCGCGUCAAGGACAAGUUCUGGAAUUACGUGUUCUACAAGUUCAUCUUCGUGUUUGGCGUGCUCAACGUGCAGUACAUGGACGAGGUUCUGCUCUGGUGCUCGUGGUUCACGCUCGUCGGCUUCCUGCAUUUGCUCGGCCAGCUCUGCAAGGAUCGAUUCGACUAUAUGUCGUCAUCCCCGAGCGCGGCGCGCUGGGCGCACACGCGGUUGCUCGGCCUACUGGUGGGCAUCCUGAUGGCGGCGGCGGCGCUGUUCGUGGUGGCCGUGGCUUGGGGCCUGCCCGCCGGGAAGGACACCUUCGCGUUUAUGGCCGCUGAGUGUCUGCUGGUGGGCGUGUCAGCGCUGCACGUAAUCGCACGAUUCGCGCUCAGAGCGUACGAUGCGGACGCGGCCGGACCCGCCGCAUAUUACACACAUCUUGCCUUUGAUGCGGUGUCGCUGGUGACGGAGACGUGCCACGUGGCGCACAUGGUGGUGUACAGCAACGUGGUGCUGUCCAUGGCGUCGCUGGUGCUGCUCAUGCAGCUGCGCCACCUGCUGUACGCGCUGCUGGCGCGCCUGCGCCGCCACCGCCUCUACGCCGCGCUCGCCGACCACAUGAGCCGCAACUAUCCCAUGGCGAGCGCGGAAGAGGUUCUGAAGCACGAGGACAACUGCGCCAUCUGCUGGGAGCCCAUGAAGGAGGCUCGUAAGCUGCCCUGUGCGCACCUCUUCCACAACUCGUGCCUGUGCCGCUGGGUGCAGCAGGACGCGUCGUGCCCCACGUGCCGGCGCGCGCUGUCCGCCGCCCCGGAGCCGGCCAGCGCGCCCCUCGCGCCCCUCGCGAGCCUGGCGCCCCUCGCCCCGCUCGCCCCGCUCGCUACAUUGGCUGCUGCCGAAUCGAGGCCCAACCACCUCUUUCAUUUCGAUGGUUCGCGCUACGUGUCGUGGCUGCCCAGCUUCUCGGUGGAGGUGACGCGGCGCGGGGGCGUGGCGCCGGGCGCGGUGGACGCGGGCGCGCUGGAGCAGGUGGCGCGCCUGUUCCCGCAGUACCCGCGCGCGCUGCUGCUGGCCGACCUGGCCGCCACGCGCUCGCCGCACCUCACCAUCGACAACAUCCUGGAGGGCCGCCUGCAGCCCCCCGCCCCGACCACACCCACCACGCCGCCGCCGCCCACAGUAGUGUCGCCGGCAGUGUCGCCCGACGCGAGCGAGCUCGACCGCGAGCCCUUCCCGCUGGCUGACGAUCUGCGACCCGACUCCGACGACAACCCGGAGCCGAGCGGCGAGUUCUCGGCGCUGGCGGCGGAGCGCGAGGCGCGGCUGCGGCGCCGCAAGGACGAGCUGCUGGCGGCGGCGCGCGCGCGCUACCUGCGGCGCCGCGCUGGCGGCGUGGCCGGGGGCGUGGCUGGCGGCGUGGCCGGCGGCGCCGCCAGCGCGUGCCCGGCGGCCGGCGCCAGCGCGCGCAGCUGA